GUUUGCACAGAAAACCCCGGUUCGAGAGAUUCACAUAUUCCAAUGUAACAUUAAAUCCAUGAAAGAGGAGGAGCCGACACUCGUUUGUUUACAGAUUAGGCUACACGAUGUGGACAGCGGUGACUCUGCAGCGCGAGGACGAGAUUGAGUUGAGGUUGGCGAGCAGCAGACGUUUUCACAGGUUGAUUUAAAUUUUUCACGGAGCAGGAAAGCAAAAGUGAAAUAUUUUCCGGCGUCAUCAUUUCCCCUGUAAAUAGGCUUCGUGGACACCUGCUUUAAAUCAUGAUAAAUAAAUAAAACGUGCCUGUCCUUUCACUAUACAACCGAUUUUAGAGCAGCACUUCAGCACUUCGGAUACUGAACUUGGUGCUGCGACUUGACUUUGCCUACAAUUACUGGAAGAACAGAGCACAAAGAAUCCUACUUUUUAUUUUCUAUAGACCGACCUUGUCAAUCAAUAGGCUACUGUCGCUGUCUGAUGCAUGAGCGAUGCACCCAGAACACAACAGUAACCCCUCUACUGGACAGGAUAAAAUGGGGGUCAACGGGAAAGGAGAAAAUCGGACCGAGGAGGAAGUAUCGAGCGGCGAGCCGCCGACCGAAAACUGUGAUGAGGCUACUGCUGACUCUGAAAUUGAGCAGAACGGUGGUUCUCCCCAAGACCGAGAGAACCAGCAAGCACAGAAGAACCUGGGAGAUAGCGAAUGCAAGAUUCCACAUGAGGACAGUACUAUCCAGCUCAUCGAGGCUGGAUGUCUCGAUUGUAAACCCGGUGUGUCCCCGGAUUCUCAGUCCCCGGCACCGAUGCCAGGGCAGUGCCCCGGGUUCGUCCCACCCGAGGGCGGGUUCGGCUGGUUAGUUGUUUUCGCUGCUACCUGGUGUAAUGGAUCCAUCUUCGGGAUACAGAACUCCUUCGGUAUCCUCCACAUGAUGCUGGUGAAAGACCACGCAGACCCCAAUGACAAUACGUCGCAGUUUAAAGUAGCCUGGGUGGGGGCCCUGGCGAUGGGCAUGAUCUUCUUCUGUUCCCCGGUGGUCUCCAUGUUCACAGAUCACUUCGGCUGCAGGAAGACAGCUGUGGGCGGGGCCACCGUGGCCUUCAUCGGACUCCUCAGCACUGCCUUCGCAAAGUCCCUCAGCCUGCGGUAUUUCACCUAUGGGAUCCUGUUUGGAUGUGGCUCGUCCUUUGCCUUCCAGCCCUCCCUGGUGAUCCUGGGCCACUACUUCCGGCGGCGGCUUGGCCUGGCCAACGGCGUGGUGACGGCUGGCAGCAGCCUGUUCUCCAUGGGCCUCCCAGUGCUGCUCACCAAGGUGGCAGAGCCGCUGGGCCUCAGAAGAACCUUCCAGAUCCUCAGCCUCUUCAUGCUGGUCCAGGCCCUGCUGGCCCUGACCUUCAGACCCCUGCUGCCCCAGAGAGUUCCAAUGGGACCACUAGGACCAGGGGGCCCUGUCGGGUCAACGCCUCAGCAAGGAGCCACUGCCCGAGGCAGCCGCUGGAGCAGGGCGCUGAUCCAGGUCAGGAAGGCCUUUAACCUGAAGGUGUUCCACAUCGUCACCUACCGGGUGUGGGCGUUCGGGGUUGCUACGGCCGUGCUGGGUUACUUUGUGCCCUACAUCCACUUGAUGAACUUUGUAAAAGAGCAGUUCAAGGAGACCCAGAAAGAGUGGAUCUUGUUGGUGUGUAUAGGAGCCUCAUCUGGCGUGGGGCGCCUCCUCUUCGGGAAAGUAGGAGACCUCAUUCCCGGAGCCAAGAAGAUCUGGAUGCAGUCGGUGUCGUUCAUGGUGCUGGGGCUGAUGUCCAUGAUGAUCCCCCAGUGCACUGUGUUCGAGGGGCUGAUUGUGGUGUGUGUGUUCCUGGGGCUGUGUGACGGCUGCUUCAUCACCAUCAUGGCUCCCAUAGCCUUUGAGCUGGUGGGCCCCAUGCAGGCCUCCCAGGCUAUAGGAUACCUACUGGGACUCAUGGCCCUGCCCAUGACUGCAGGACCCCCCAUCGCUGGACUCCUGCAUGACUACUGUGGUGAUUACAAUAUGGCCUUCUACCUGGCAGGGGGCCCUCCCAUCGUGGGGGGCAUGGUGCUGUUCUUUGUGCCCCUGAUACACCGACGGCAGCAGAGAGCCCUUGAGGGCCAGGGUGGGGGGCCGGAGGACCCCAGCACAGAUCACAUGCUGCCCCCGGCAGGAGGCCCCAAGGGCUGCUCUAAUGGAGAAAUGCUGCCUGGAUACACCGACGUGGAGACACACAUUUGAGUAGCACUACACUAAGCACCUGAGAUCUGACCGUCCCUGCACCUCUUUCCUUCCCCUGGCCCCUAACCACGGACUACCUGCUGAUGUACCUCUCAACCUCUGACACAGUUUCUAUAGGAACCCUCCUCCUGUCUAUAGGAAGCCCCCUCCUCUCUGAAUGCCAUUAGUUCCUUAUAGGGAUCCCUGUGGUCUAAGGAGAGAGGGGGAGAAGGUUUUUUGCCCUCUGAAGCAAAGGAGGAACACAUCGCUGACCAACCUUGAACGAAGAGACAAUUGGCAUUAUCAUAGGAUCUGGGCGUCACACAAUCCAAAACAGUGUUAUCUUUCCCUGUGGCUUUAAGCUCAUCUAAAAUGGGAAUGCACACAAUAGGUGUGUACCAUUCAGAGCUGGGCACCAGGAAAAAAUCAUUUUAAAAAUCCUAUAGCAUCUGGAGUCAGAGUAUGUCAAUUAUUUAAUAUGCUUCAGUAGGUUUUUAAAUGACAGAUUAUUCAGAAAGAUAAAUAGUAGUAGAGUAAUUGAAUGGAGUACUUUGUUCUACUCUGUCUAGACCACAAGCAUCUCAUACUUUAUUUCAUAUGUUCCUUUUGUCUCUAGGUGUUUCAUAAUAUAGGACAUAGGAAAGAUUUCAGUUAUUAUGACGACUUAUUGCAGUUACAUUUUACAAGUCUCAGUUUAUUUUGUUUAUGAUAGACCAAGGAAGAACACAUAUCUGUUUCAGUUGUGAAUUAUACGAUAGGUCUCCAUGGUGAUUCCCCCUUGGAAAAGCCACUAAAACAGUCACCUCAACCACAUACGUCCUUAUGCAGUUUUUCCAUAUGUAACCCGUGCCAUGAUGGAGCUACAAAUGGAGCUACAGAUGGAGCUACAGAUGGAGAGCGCCAGACACAACAGAUUAUAUACCGGCUUCACACUUUGUAGUCUUAAAUCUAGUUUUUUAACAGUUAUAUUUCUAAGACUUUAAGUCAAUCAAAUUUGAAUUGAAACUAAAUACACCUCUCUGAGAUGUUUUGCCAAAUUUUUAUUUACUCUUGCAGAUUUGUUUUUAUUGUUUUUAAGUUUCUACUGUUUUUCAUUAGUUUUUACCGUCUGUUUCUUACAACGGCAUUGUGAUCCUGUUAUUCAGAUGGGGGUGAAUCCUGACUUCCACUUUGAGAAUCCCGUUGACGUCAAUGUAUGACUAUGUGAAAACUCUACUUAAGUGAAAGUUUUACUUAAUAAAUGAAAGUUAGGAU